AUGGUUGAAACGAAGAAUGUUGCAUUGGUCUUUGGGGCCAGUGGUAUCUCUGGCUGGGCUGUCACCAAAUGCGCCCUCUCAUACCCCACGCCCACCACCUUUGACAGAGUGAUCGGCUUGACGAAUAGGUCAUUGCCUCUGGAAAAAAGUGGUUUACCGGAUGACCCUCGACUGGAGUUGCAUUCCGGAGUGAACUUGCGUGGGAGCCUUAAUGAAGUGCUGUCUCAAUUGCAAGAGAAAGUUCCCCACCUGGAAGAUGUCACCCAUGUAUAUUAUCUUGCCUACUCCAAUGCAACUGCAUACUCUAUGGAUGUGAUUGCUAUCCGGGAUAUCAAUGAGGGAAUGACCUAUAACGCUGUGCAUGCUGUCGACCAGCUGUGCAAGAAUCUGAAAUUUUUUGUCCUCCAAACUGGAACCAACAAUUAUGGAGUCGCUGUGUUUCGCUUCCAAGAACACAUCGAGAUCAAUCCUCCGCUGCGAGAGGACAACCCGCGCAUUCCUUCUCCUUGGGGAGACGAGAUCUUCUACUACGCGCAGGUCGACUUAAUUAAGGAAGCUAACAAGGGAAAAUCUUGGAAAUGGUGCGAGGUUCGACCGGAUCAGAUCGUCGGCCACGUUCCAAUUCCCACAAAUAUGUCAUACGUCGAGCCUCUCUCGCUCUACUUGAUGCUCUACCGCUACGUGAACGGCCCUGGUGCCACAGUUGUCUUCCCAGGACCCUACACAAACUAUAUCCACACGCAUACGCCGUCGUCACAGGAUAUCAUUGCCCAUUCAGAGCUCUACUUAUCGAUUGUGAAGCCGGAUCAAGCGCAUGGAGAGGCAUUUAACACAGCUGACAACGCCACCCCCGCACCCUGGACCCUCAUCUGGCCCAAGAUGUGCGAAUACUUUGGUCUUAAUGGUGAAGGCGCAAGUCCCGAGGACAAGGGCUGGAAGGACAUCGACAAGUGGUGGGUUGCACACCAGGACGACUACAAGAAGAUGUGCGAAGAGUACAGUCUGUGUCCUCGUGCGAUUUCUGAGGAGACUUGGAUUUUCCUUGCAGCAGGCUUCAGCUUUCUGGGCCGCAACCGCGAGCUGAGCUUGGACAAGAUCCGGAGUGUGGGUUUCACAGAGGAGUUCCCGGUUGCGUAUGGGUAUUUCCGGGUGUUUGAGCACUUAGUCCGGGAGAAAAUUAUUCCCGACAAAGAGGCUUGGGCUAAAUAG